AUGGGCGAUGAGGCAUUGGUGGGGACACUGCAGGAAGGUCCUCCAUGGAUCAGUUGCAAUCAGGCAAGUGCAGCGAGUUCAGAGCUAGAAGAACACACUCGGUUAUGCCCGUACCGCUGCUCGCCGGGGGACGCGUUGGGGGGCAGGAACGGGUGCCCCUACACCCCUCUGCCUCCGAUCCCGCACGCCGGUGUCCGGCUGCCCCGCACCCUGCCCGCCCACCUGCCGGCGGGGGGGCUCCCGCCGCGCUUGACAGCGCCUCUGCUGGUGCCGGUGCUGGCGGUGCUGGCGGCCGGGGCGGCGGAGGCGCGGGCCACCUCGGAGAGCCAGCUGCCCGGCGCCGCGGCGAUGGGCACCGGCACCCCGCCGAGCCCCAGCGGCACCGCCUUCGAGGAGACGCGGCUCCACGUCUUCACCCUGGACUACCCCCACGUGCAAAUCCCCUUCGAGAUCACCCUCUGGAUCCUGCUGGCCUCCCUCGCCAAGAUCGGCUUUCAUCUCUAUCACAAGUUGCCCUCAAUAGUACCUGAAAGCUGUCUCCUCAUUCUGGUUGGAUUGCUUCUUGGUGGGAUUAUUUUUGGAGCUGAUGAGAAGUCUCCACCUGUAAUGAACAGUGAUGUUUUUUUCCUGUAUCUUUUACCACCCAUUGUACUCGACGCUGGAUAUUUUAUGCCAACUCGUCUUUUCUUUGAGAACUUUGGUACCAUAUUCUGGUAUGCCGUAGUGGGCACACUCUGGAAUGCCAUCGGCAUUGGAAUUUCACUUUAUGGAAUUUGCCAAAUCAGUGCAUUUGGUUUGACUGAUAUCACAUUGCUGCAGAAUUUGCUCUUUGGCAGCCUCAUUUCAGCUGUGGAUCCAGUGGCGGUGUUAGCUGUUUUUGAAAAUAUUCAUGUCAAUGAGCAGCUUUACAUCCUGGUGUUUGGAGAGUCUUUGCUGAAUGAUGCUAUAACUGUGGUCCUGUACAAUUUGUUCAAGUCUUUCUGCCAGAUGCGCACAAUUAAAGUUAUUGACAUAUUCGCUGGGAUUGCUAACUUCUUUAUAGUGGGGAUCGGUGGAGUAUUGAUUGGAAUCCUUUUGGGAUUUGUAGCAGCCUUUACCACCCGUUUCACCCAUAAAAUCCGAGUGAUUGAGCCACUCUUUGUCUUCCUGUACAGUUACUUGUCAUACAUAACAGCUGAAAUGUUUCACCUCUCGGGCAUCAUGGCGAUUACAGCUUGUGCCAUGACCAUGAAUAAAUACGUGGAGGAAAAUGUUUCCCAAAAAUCCUAUACGACAAUAAAGUAUUUCAUGAAGAUGCUGAGCAGUGUCAGUGAGACCUUAAUCUUCAUCUUCAUGGGAGUGUCUACAGUUGGGAAGAACCAUGAGUGGAACUGGGCCUUUGUUAGCUUCACCCUCCUUUUCUGUUUAAUCUGGAGGGCGCUGGGUGUUUUUGUUCUGACUCAGAUCAUUAAUGUGUUCCGGACAAUUCCUCUCACUUUUAAGGACCAAUUUAUUAUUGCCUAUGGAGGCCUCCGAGGAGCUAUUUGCUUCUCACUUGUAUUUCUGCUUCCUCCUGCUGUGUUUCCCAGGAAGAAAUUGUUCAUCACUGCUGUUAUCGUGGUGAUAUUCUUUACCGUUUUCAUUCAGGGAAUAACAAUUCGUCCACUGGUGGAGUUUCUUGAUGUCAAAAGGUCAAAUAAAAAGCAGCCUGCUGUCAGUGAAGAAAUUUAUAACAGGUUCUUUGACCACGUGAAGACAGGAAUUGAAGAUGUGUGUGGACACUGGGGUCACAACUUUUGGAGAGAUAAGUUUAAAAAGUUUGACAACAAAUACCUGCGAAGACUUCUAAUCCGGGAGAACCAGCCCAAAUCCAGCAUUGUUUCUUUAUACAAGAAGCUGGAAAUCAAACAUGCCAUUGAGAUGGCAGAGAGUGGAAUGAUAAGCAAGGUCCCAUCGUCGGUGUCUCUCAGUGAUUAUCAUGAAGGAAAGAUAAAGCCACUUUCUCCCACUGAAAUGGAAAACAUGCGGGAAAUAUUAACAAAGAAUCUCUACCAAAUACGACAUCGAACAAUGUCAUAUAACCGACAUAGCCUGGCUGCAGAUGCAAACGAAAAGCAGGCCAAAGAAAUUCUGAUCCGUCGCCGGCACAGCCUUAGGGAGAGCCUGAGGAAAACAAACAGCUUGUCAAGAGAGAGACCGGCUGCUGCAAAUACAAAAAGAUUCCUUUCACUUCCUAAAAACACUAAACUCCCAGAGAAGCUACGAGUGAGAAAUAAAACAUCUUCCAGAGUGGGUGACAGCAGCGACUCCGAGCUGGAUGCUUCUACCACAGUGCUCAACCUAAGACCCAGAGCAGGGAAAAUCUUGAGAGACCAGAGACUGAGACAGCAGAGGCCACCACCUGAGUUUAGGGUGGAGUGGAAGAACGAAGUUGACGGGAGCCAGGACAGACAAGGAGAGCAGCAGGAGCUGAGCACCUUGCCUCAGCCAUCCAUCGGGUUCAGGCAGCCACUGCUGACGAGACCAAGAUUUGGCACUUUGAGCAGGGAAGAUUUGACUGCAGACCACGGGUUGCCAAGACCUGUGCCACCACCACGGUUGGUUAGGCAGGCAUCACAAGGGGAAAGGCAGAGAAAUAAGCCUGAGAACCAGCCGUACUGAUCAUAGCAAAAAGAGAACUAUUGGUAAUAAACCAUGGACAUAUCGAAUUAAGAUUCUGAGCUAUCUGAUCAGACUAUGGGAUCAUUUGAAAAAAAAACAAACAACCAAGCCUCAAUGUGGAUUUAACCACUUCCAUUUGAGUGAAGUCAAUGCCAUUAACUAAGUGAAAGGAAUACUGGAACAAUUGCAAAGCUGAAGACAUGAAAAAGAUAUCUCUUUUAUAAAUAACUUAUGGCAAUGCUGUAAUUACAUUAUUUCCACUAUUAAGAUAGGAUGGAAAUGUGCCUUAUCACAUCAUCUCUUUUGGAACCAAGUCAUGCAGGUUCAAUACCCAGUUAUCCAUUGAAAAUCAUUGUUGAAAGUCCAGUGAGGACUUAAAAAAUGGUUUCUUAAAAGAAUUCUGUAUAAUUUCAGAUUUUAUUUAUAAUCAAAUACUUGUUUUAACUAGAGCUUUAAUAUGAGUAACACUGAAAAUUGCACAAUGCACCUAUCAUACAGACUUUGUAAGAAGAAUAAAGAUAUUCCUGAAGCCCAGUUUGUUCGAAGAGCUGUGAUGCAGAAAAAGAGGAAGAGAAGGAACAAGCUGUAGGAGCAGAAUUGCAAAUACAGUUUCUGGAGAGGAGUUGCAACAGAGACAAGACCUGAAUAGCUUGAAUUUUUAUUUUCUGAAUAUUUGGCAAUAUGUAACCUUUGAAAGGUACGGAAAAUCGCCAAAGGCAAUCUGAAUCACCUUGACUUUCAGUAAUGUCAACAAGAGUUGAGAGCACUUAGCAGGACACCAGAAGCCCUAAAAAGAGACUGCAAGUGGCUAAAUAAUGUUCUUAUUCAAAAUUGCUUUUUGCACCUUAGUUUCUCAGUUGCAAUGCAAACACAGCAGUAGAAUAGUUGCAGAGUGCUGCACAUAGACAAAGCGAGCAGUCUCCUGUUUGAGUCAGGGACCACUGAGACUCAAGAAAGCUCGUUCAGUCAUGCUUGUGACCCUGGUCAACUUGUUUUACUUUGUUUCCUCAUCUGUAAAAGGGGAAAGAUAAUCUUUUCUUUGUCUGAGCUAUGCACUCCAAGGAACAGAAAUGUUCUGUCUAAUUUGUUUGUACAGAAAAGGAGCACAGCGGAGUCCUGGAAUAAGUUGAAGUCACUGUGCACCUUAAUAACACCCACAAGAAACAUGGACUUCUUCAUCCCAGCGUUAAUGGCUGCCAUUUGAGUGCAUAUGGGUAGGGAGGGUACAUUAAAAUAAAUGAUACUUAACUGUAGCUCUCAGGAAUUUGCACUUUCUGUCCCACUUAAUCUGCCUUAAGUUUUGAGCUUGCUUUAGCACAGAUACACAUUUCAGCACAAUGCAGAAAUAAUUUUCAGUCUACUUGUUACAAGAUUGAUAACUUUCAUUGAAGAAUGUACACUGUGAAAUCAUAACUUUUCUUUUUCGUUAGCACAUUUCUAAAUCUGUGGGCAAUAAGAUUCAUUUUUUUUUAUUUAAGCUUGUUUUGAAAGAACUAUUAAAAAUCAGAAUUUCCUUUUAAAAUCACAGGGUAGAUUUCUUUCAAAGGUUCACGGGUGGGGUUGACAAAUUAUUUUUAUAAAUGGGAAUUAAUACUUUCCUCCUUCUAACAGCUUUUCCAAAAUAUUUAUUUCAUUUAUGUGUUUGAAAUGUCAAGCUUCCCCAAACUCUUUUGUUGUCACAGGUCUUUUAGUCUUUUACCUCUGCUCCAGCUAUGGAAGUUUCUGCUCCCUGUCAAAUGCAAAGUCUAAGCUGCAGGGGGAUGGCUAUGUGAACCCUAGAAAUCUCAGGCAACAGUUGAUGGCUGUUCUCAACAAAUGAUUUUUGUGAAAGGCAAUACUUAGCUAUUCUUUAAUGAUCAUCUCCUGUUUGGAAAUAAAACUAGGUUCAAGCUCAAACACAGCCAGCAAGCUUUAAAAACAAAUUUUAAUUUUUCUUUCAACAGGAAAAUAUGUUUCAUAAGUAAAACUGUCAGCGAGUACUCUGUUACUGCACUAUCAGGAUCAUGUUUGAAUAAGAAAGCAGCCUUGAGUUUGGAUUUCAGUUUUGAAAUCACAUCCUCCUUGCGGAUCAGACUGUUUAGAUUAGGUGUUUUAUAUCUGAAAUCUGACCAAUAAAUAAAUAAAUAAAUGUGAAAUGUUGAAUAUCAA